AUGGCUCAGCGGCCGAACACACGCACCCGUUACUCAGCAUUGACAAGCACAUUGUAUAUAUUUGAACCGCAGCGCGUCAGGUCGCCCGCCAAGGUGUCUUGCAACUACGUCUACAUACCAGUCAUCUACACUACACAUCUACAUCUACACAUGUACGCACAAAGACAUUCGUCGCUGCUGACGUCGAUAUCCCAGCAGUAUAUCCUGGCCAACCGCGCACGGUCCAAGCUGCUGGCGUGCGCUGCGACGGGCAAGAACAGAGAGUUUGAGCUCCGCGUGCUCGUGGGACACGCAAACCUGCUGGACCGGGUCGUCGAGAGCAUACAGGGCGCGGAAGAGAGCGGGAGUGAAAGCGCGAGUGAGAGCGAGGAGGAGGCGGUAAGCGCUGGCGAGAGCGUGAGCGAGAGCGCAAGCGACAGCGAGCCCGAGUCAGCCGAGGCGGAAAAGGAGUACGUGUACGUAUACAGCGACAGGCGGGUCCGCAGAAACGGCCGCGGGCCAGACGGGCCGCAGGCGGUGUCGUUCGCGGUGCGCACGUCGGACUUCGAGGUGUACGGGUCGGAGUCAGAGUCAGAGUCGGACUCGGGGUCGGAGUCGGACUCUGAGUCGGAGCCGGAGUCGGAGCCGGAGCUGCAGUACCGCGCGGGCGGCGACGCGGCCGCGCAGCCGCGCUGCCUGGGCGCCGUGCACGCGGUGCCCGACGACGCCGAGCGAGAGCUGGCGGCGCUGGGGCCCGUGUGGGUGUGA